AUGGGGAGCGUGCCGCUGGUCGUCGGGGCUUUCUCGAAGCUGUUCCUGCGCGCAGGUUGUCGGGAAGUGCGGGUGGACGGGCUGCCAACUUUCCUCGAGCGACUGAAGGGCGAGCGAGGAGUGUUGACCGUAUCGAACCACAUCUCGGUCGUCGACGAGCCGUUCAUGUGGGGCUGCCUGCCCUUGCGGACAUUCCUCGACUCGCAGACACUGCGAUGGACGCUCGGAGCGAGCGAUGUCAUGUUCAACGGCAAGUGGGAUCGGUGGUUCUUCACGAAGGGUCAGGUCAUAGAGACGUUCCGAGGGAAAGGAAUCUACCAGAAGGCGAUUGAUGAAGCGACGAAGAAGCUGGACGAGGGGCAGUGGGUCCACAUCUUCCCUGAAGGUCGGAUCAAGCAGGAAAACCUGGAGGAGUUGCGGCGAUUCAAGUGGGGGAUCAGCCGGAUGCUGAUGGAGUGUGAGAAGAUGCCGCUCAUCAUUCCCGUCUGGAUCAAGGGUUUCGAGCAAGUAAUGGACGAACCGCGCGUCUGGCCCAACUACCUUCCUCGAACCGGCAAAAACGUCACGAUCCUCCUCGGUGAACCCCUCAAUUCGACCGUCGAGCCUCUCGUACAGCGUUACCGCGCCACAUACCCCAUACCCUGGCGACCUAGCACUUACGACCGGCCAGUUGGGCAGGACUUGCAGGAGGAGCCGAGCGAGAUUGGGCGCAUGAGGAGCGAGAUGGCGGAGGUGAUGCGGCAGGGGUUGAUGCAGCUUGGUCGGAGAGCGAUAGAAGUGGAGAAGCAGCCGCCCAGUCGGAUAACCGGGUGGUAG